AUGUUUUUAAAUCAUGCAAAUAGCCAUAAUAUAAUAUUUAUAUUCAUUUGCAUAUUUUUUUAUUAUAAAAUUUUUCAUCAUAUAUUAUUACAAAAUGUGGGAUGUAAAAAAAUAAGCAAAUCAAAUAAUUUCUUUCAUAUUGGUAAUAUAGAAUAUGGCGAUGAUUUUAAAUUAUUAAAACUAAAAACAUGGAAUAGUAUAAAAAAAGAAGACAAAAAAAAUAAUAGCUUGCUAUAUAAUAUAAGCAAAAUACCAAUAAGGAAUUUAGGAAACACUUUCUUCAUAUUUAAUAAACCGAUUAACAUUAUUACACAUACAAAAAGAAAAAAAAAAAAAAACUUUAAUAUUUUUAAAAAAAAAAAAGAUAAAGGUGAGUCAGCAGGAAAUGUGAAAAAAAAACCCAAAAAAACAUUUACAGAAGAAGAAAUAGAAGAAUUGAGAAAAAAAGCCAAAGAAAAACUGCAACCAAAAAAAGAGGAGGUUACAACAGGUAAAGGAGGAAAAAGAGGGAAAAAAAAAAAAAAAAGCGAAGAUUUUUCAAAACCUAAAAAUAAAGAAAAAGAUGAAAAUGAAGAAAACGAAACAAAUGAUAAAUUAAAAGAUGAAAUAAAAACAGAAAAAAUUGAAUAUAUAAAAAGUAGAAAUGAUUUUGAACAAAUUGUUGGAUCAACAACUGAUAUAAUAAGUGAAAAGGAGAUCGAAUAUUUACAUAAAAUAAGUAAUAAAGAUAAUGAAUUAUUAAAUUAUGAUAAAAAAGAAAAAUAUAUAGAAUUAAAUUAUGAAGAUACUAUAUUUGAUGAAGGGAAUUAUAUGCAAAAUUAUGUAAACAAUAUAAGCAAGUUUCGUUUUGAUAUAUUUAAUAUUAAUAAUAAAAAUGAAUUUGAUAGAAUAACCAAAUAUUUAAAUUAUGAAUAUAUAGAACAUAUACCUAUAGAUUUUCCAACAGAGAAAAGUUAUAACAUUGAAUUAAAAACAUAUUUUUAUGAAAUUGUGUGUGAUCUUAUUAAAAAAAAUAAAGAAAAAUUUUAUCAUGAAAAUAUGGAAAUAGGUGAUAUUGAUGAAGGAAAAUUUAACAAAGUAAAUGAAGAAAAGGAAAAAGAUGAAAAUGAAUAUAAAAUUGAAGCAAAAAAAGGUAAAAUAAAUAAUAGUGAUGAAGAAAAUGAUAAUAAUACAUUAAAUAAUUUUUUAAAAGAAAACUCAGAAGGAAAUAAAAAUUUUGAAGUAAACAAUAAAAAUGAUAAUAUACUUAAAAUAAUAAAACCAACAGAUCAAGACAUUAUGAAUAAAUAUAUGUCUAUAGAUUUAUAUAAUAUAUUAUGUGAUAUUAAAGAAGAAUAUGAUUUUAUGUUUAAUAAUGGUGGAUUAGCCAAUUUCUCAUUUGAUGAGAAUAGAAAAACAAAUAAAGAAAAAUUAAUUUUUUCAGGAAAAAAAAAAAGAGCUAUAGCUAGCGUUUUUUUACAAAAAGGAAAUAAUAAUUUAAUAAUAAAUAAUAGAGAUGGAUAUCAAUAUUUGCAAUAUCAAAUUUUUAACAUAAAUAAAAUAUUUAGUCCAUUAUUACAUUUAUGUAUGAACAGAAAUUUUAAUGUUGUAGCACAUGUUGAAGGAGGUGGAUUAACUGGUCAAAGUGUUGCGAUAUUUCAUGCCUUAGUUAAAUAUAUUGUUUAUAAUUUUUCUUUAAAAAUUAAACCUUUUUUCCGCUCCUUUAAAUUUAUGACUGUUGAUAGUAGAAAGGUGGAGAGAAAGAAAUAUGGUUUGAAAAAAGCCAGAAAGAAAAAGCAGUAUAGUAAAAGAUAA